AUGAAGAUGAACAAGUUGAGCAGAAAGUUGAUAAAACCACACACCCCAACCCCUCAAACCCUCAAGAAUUUCAAGUUAUCGUAUCCAGAUGAGCUUAGUCCCCCGGUAUAUUUCGCAGUUGUUCUGUUUUACGAAUCGAAACCCGAAGACGGCAGCCUCCGGUUGGAAGAAUCACUGGCCAGAAUCUUGGUUGAAUUCUACCCUCUUGCGGGAAGAUUCAUCAAGAAUGACAGUUUGAUUGAUUGCAGCGACGAGGGAGCCGAGCUCGUCGAAGCAGAGGCUCCAGACGUCGAGCUGAUCGAUCUGAUCACAAAAAUCGAGAACGAUCAGCUCGACUACCUCCUCCCGGAGCAACACUUCCGACCCAGCGAAGCUCCUCAAAAUCCACUCCUCUCGAUCCAGAUCACACGUUUCUCAUGUGGUGGGGCCGCGAUCGCCAUCAGCGUCUACCACAGGGUCUUCGACGCGUCGUCGCUUGGGACGCUCGUGGCCGCCUGGUCGGACGCCGCCAAUCCAGAUCAUGCAAAGAGGGUAAUUAAACCGUCUUUUCCUCUCCCUUCGUUGCUUCCAUCCGUGACCGGCGUCGACAAUCUCGCCAUUGACGUGGGCCCGACCCCGGAUUCUAGGGAACAGAGUGUCGGCGCCGAUCACAAGGUUGUUUUGAAAAGGGUUUUGUUCAACGAGGAGGCGAUAACGAGGCUGAAAUCAAGAAUAAGCCAAACCAACGGAAAACCCUUAUCCGGAGUGCGUGUUGUGUGUGCCGUUAUAGCCAAAGCCCUAAUCCGCCUCGAUGGCGCCAUCCACGGCAGAAGCAGAAGCUUCGCCGUAGUUCAAGCGGUUAACAUGCGGGAGAGGACAAUCCCGCCUCAACCGCGGCAUGCAUGCGGGAACUUCGCGGUCCCAGCAUUCACUCCACGCGUAGAAGCUGGGGACGACGUUGGUGUUGAUGAACUUGUUCGUCUCCUGGGAGAUUCUGUUCGACACGCCAUAUCUGAACAUGCUGAAAUACUGUCUCCUGAUAGGGAUGGACGCAAUAUCAUCACGAACACUACGAAAAGCUUCCAAAAACUUUUCUGCGAGCCUGAAACCAAUGGUAUAAUAAUCUCUGAUUGGAGUAGGUUUGGAUUCCACGAAGCUGAUUUCGGAUGGGGGAAGCCCGUUUUGACGAGCAUUAGAUUUGGGCCGCCGGUUAGCAACAAUUUUGUGGUGCUGAUGAGCGACAAAGAGGGAGAUGGGAUUGAGGCAUGGUUUCAUUUGUACCAACAUGCGGUACCUUACUUUGAGCAAGAUGAGGAGAUCAAAGUCUACUUUACAAAUAAUUAA